AUGAAAUUCCCGGGCUCGGUGCUGGUGUCAGUCGUUCUGUUUGUGGCAGAGACAGUGACCGCCCUGUAUGUAAGCAGCAGGUACAGCUCAGCCGGGGACAGGACCUGGCACUCCCUCACCCUCCUCUUCUGCCUCCUGCCCUGUGUCCUGGUGCAGCUGAACCUCCUCGUCAUCCACAGGGACCUGAGCAAGGACAGACCGCUGGUGCUGCUGCUGCACCUGCUGCAGCUGGGACCCUUGGUGAGGUGUAUUGAAGUCUUCUGCAUCUACUUCAAAGCCGGUAAACUUGAAGAACCUUAUGUUAGUAUCACCAGAAAGAGACAGUUGCCUAAAGGAGGGUGUACAGAUGAAGUGGAAAAGGAAGUGGGUCAAGCUGAAAGAAAACUCUUUACCCACAGGUCUGCUUUCAGUCGGGCCUCCAUUAUCCAAGCUUUCCUCGGAUCAGCACCUCAGCUGACCCUUCAGUUAUACAUAUCUGUACUACAGCAAAAUGUUUCAGUAUCACUGCGCAUCUUCAUGUGCAUUUCCUUGCUGUCCAUUGUGUAUGGGGCAUUACGGUGUAACAUCUUGGCCAUUAAGAUCAAGUAUGACGACUAUGAUAUAAGCAUUAGACCGACCGCCUAUCUAUGCAUAUUCCUGUGGAGGAGCUUUGAGAUUGCCAGCAGAAUCAUUAUACUGGUUCUUUUCAGCUCGGUGCUUCAGAUAUGGACCCUGCCUCUGAUCCUAUCAAACUUCCUUGUGUUUUUCUUUUAUCCAUGGAUUCUUUUUUGGCAGAGUAAAUCUCCUUUUCCUGAAAACAUAGAAAAAGCAUUGUCAGGGUUUGGUACUACCAUAGUAAUCUGCUUCCUUACCUUUCUUUAUGCUGGCAUCAACAUAUUUUGUUGGUCUGCCGUUCAACUCAAGCUAAAUGAUCCGGAUUUAAUCAACAAAUCUCAAAACUGGUACCGCAUGGCGGUAUACUAUAUGGUAAGAUUUAUUGAAAACGCUGCCCUCUUGUUGCUGUGGUAUGUAUACAGAUCCGAUGUCUACAUGUAUGUAUGCACCCCACUGCUCGUACUGCAGCUGCUGAUUGCUUAUUGUAUGGCAGUGCUGUUCAUGCUUGUAUUCUAUCAGUUUUGCCAUCCUUGCAAGAAACUUUUCUCUUCCAGCAUUUCACAAGGACUCCUGUCUUGCUUCAAAUUCUUGUGCUACCUCUGCAUACCAUCAAAAGCCCCAAACAAAGGGGAUAAAUUCGGGGCCAAAUUAUCAAACAGUUCUGACAUCAGUGAGCACAUGAAGGCUGUGGAUUCCCAGAUUGACAAUGCACACCAGGAUGUAUCUGCCAGUGCAUAA